AUGGACAUGCGCGAUAUUUGUUAUAACAAAAUAGAAUUAAAAGAUAACUUAUUCAGUUUGAAUCGUGAGGCGCAUGCAAAAUGAGAAAUUCGGCAUCGGCAAAUUCUCUCUCCUUUUUUGCACUUGGUAUGUCUGUUUGUUUGCUGUACUCUUCAGAAUUCUUUAUUUUAAGGAGGGCAAGAGUGUUUGACGGUUAUACUUGUCCUGAUUCGAAACGCGUUUUAAGUGUUGGCAAGGUUUACAGCGAUAUGCAAUGUGCUUUGUAUUGUAAAAAAUCGUCAUCUUGUGUUGACAUAUUUUACCAGCCAGAGAAAAGGAGGUGUGACGGGUGUAUGUAUUUUUUAGAGACAGAACUGGAAAUUGCAGACGGGUCGUUGCAUUAUACAAGGAGAGAUUGUGGGAUUCCGUCCUCUAUUGCUUACGGGAACAUCUCUCUGAAAUCCGGAACAAACUUUAUGGACAGAGCAACUGUAAAUUGUGAUCCUAGAUUCCGUGCUAGACCUGACGAAAUAACGUGCACAUUCAAUGGUAUCUGGGAGACCGCCUUUUGUGAAGAAUACGAUUGCUAUAUCCAAAACACAAGAAGCUACAGGGGAAAACGAAACAUAACAAAAUAUGGCAACAUAUGCAAGAGGUGGGAUGACAACAGUUACAAAAAUGAAAUAAGGGUGAAUCUUAUGCCAGAGGCGUCGUUUUCCGAAGCCGAAAACUACUGUCGCUGCCCAACUCUCAGAUUGGGCCACUUGCUGUGUUAUGUAUCUACAGACACUGGAACGGUUAUGGAGACUUGUGGAAUACAGGGAUGUGGAUAAGACAACAGUGAAUUGCAAAAACUUUUUAUUUACCAGCUGGCUCAUUAAUAGAUAAGUCUUAUGAUAUACACUUGUAGACCAUUAAUGUAAAGUCAAGCAAGUCUUUUAUUCAGAAAAAUGUUUAUCUAAUUCUUUCUACGCUACGACAUAGCUGAGUUUUAUCAAUCUUGACAACGUCACAAUAAGAACAGAACAGAAUAGUGUUUUUUUUUGACUUGUAUAUAGUACAUUAAUUAUCAUACAUAAUGUGAUAAAGCAUUGAUCAAAAUGCAUAAACAAUACAUUUUUAAAUCCCAAUUUUCCAUGAAUUAUAAAAAUAAACUUUAAAAAUAAUGUCACGUAACAUUUUAAAGUCGACAUUAAUUCAAGAACGUUAUUUCAAAUCAACAAAAGUUGAAACCAUAGUAUUGAGAAUAAACUGUAAACAGUUUUAAACGUAAUUUUAUAGCAACAGAAAAAUCAUUAGAUAAAAUAUAUGCAUUAAAUGAAGACGUUAAAGGAAUUUAUAUAUUCUUUAAUGCAGUCAUGUAUAUUCUUUUAUCAAAUUUUUCUGAGAGAAUUGACAAUUGUAUUUCUGUUAUUUAAUGAUUCCUUUACAUAUUUUGCCAGAUAAAAUAAUAUUUUGUUUUAAUAAGAUAUACAACCUUUUGGUGAUUUUUUUGACAAAUGACAGGCACAGUAUUGGUUUUACGAAAUAAUUUUGAGUAAUGACAACUCAAAUAAAUCAGUGAUAAACCUAUAUGUUUCUCCCUUGAUUUGAAUAAAAACAUUCUACUGACU